AUGUGUUAUUGCUUACUUGUUUGCUGUCUGCUGUACAAAACCGGAAAUGGUCAGAAGCUGUACAACCCGCCACCGGGGAAGGGCGGCAUUAUUUCCGGUUCUAUGCCAAAGUCGGUCGGCACAAUAGUGGAGCCCUACCCGGCGCCCUUUGACCGCGUGGACAUGAGCGGCGCCGGGCAAGCCGUCUACCCCGACCAGGCAGUUGAUUACGGGCGAAAAGGCCACGGCGGCAUUGACUACGGGAUGUCACCAAAUGGCCAUGGUGGCGGCGGCGGUGGUGGUGCCGGCGGUGGUGGUGGCGGCGGAGUGAUAGACUACGGGAUCCCACGGGAAAUCCAUGGUGGUGGAGGCGGCGGCGGAAUAGACUACGGGGCAUUGGCGGCGGUGGUGGGGUUGGCGGAAUAG